AGGAAGGGCAAAGUCACUUUAGCCGCAGCUUCGGGGCCCUAACGGAAUACAGCCCUGAAUGUUAUUAAAAAAGAAAUUUAACAGCUGUUGCAACUUGAAUUUUCGGACCGAUAGCUACAGACAGCUUCAGAGCCGCUUCGGCUUCUGAUUUAAUAUUUGUUUCAUUGGUGCUUUAACUUGCUAACUAGCUGCUACGCUCGAUAACCAGUUUAGUUGAUCAUUGUAGCAGAAUAUCGAUGGUAAUUUUUCAGCAAGAAUAGGCUUUAUUGUUGAGAAAUGUCUUAUAGAGCAGGAUCCUGGAUGUUGGUUGCAGCCACAGUGUUUCUGUUGGAUGCGGCUGACUUUACAGAAGCGAAGAACUUUGAGGAUGUCCGCUGCAAAUGCAUCUGCCCGCCAUACAGGAACAUCUCUGGACACAUUUAUAAUAUAAACGUCACCCAGAAAGAUUGCAACUGCCUCCAUGUGGUUGAUCCCAUGCCAGUUCCUGGCCAUGAUGUGGAAGCUUACUGUCUGUUGUGUGAGUGCAAGUAUGAAGAGCGAAGCAGCAACACUAUAAAGGUGACCAUCAUCAUGUACCUGUCUGUUGUCGGGGCUCUGCUUCUCUAUAUGCUGUUUCUGCUGCUUGUGGAUCCUCUUAUCCGCAAACACGACCCCUACAUCCAACCUCUGCACAACGAGGAAGACUCUGAGGAAAUGCGUCCUCGUCCAGACACUGGGCUGGCCAGAGGAAACACAGUGUUGGAGCGAGUUGAGGGUGCACAGCAACGCUGGAAGAAGCAGGUGCAGGAACAGCGCAAGACUGUUUUUGAUCGCCAUAAGCUGCUGAGUUAAACCUCACAACUGAAUGUCAACAUCUUCAGAGUGAAAAACAAAAACACCCAGGACUCGUAUUAUUACACCCUCAUCAGCUGCACUGUUUCAACCUCAGCUUUCAUGUGAAAUGCAAGGCCUGUAUAACUUAAAGGCUUUAGACACUGAUCUAACAAGCAGAGCAUUUUUAACAUUGUAUUUCUCUUAUCAUCAUUUAAUGUGAACUUAGUGAAAAGAAAAAAAAUAUUUGCACAUUCAUAAAUAUAUUAACAGUUAUUUUAAGCUGCUUUAAAGGAUGAGAUAAUUUAUUAAAUUAUUUAAUUUUUUUUUCCACUAUUGCUUUUAGGUGCUUUCCCUUUUGUUAUUUUAAAAAGAAAGACUGUUGUGGAUCUCUAGUUUCAUGAGCUUUAAAGAAAAAAAACACAUUGAGGUUUGUUUUGAUAACAAUGCUCAAUUACCAAAUAAUCCAUAUGUUCUGGUUUAUUCAUUUACUGUUUGGCACGAUUUCAUCAAACCAACAAGAUGAUUUGUUUUAAAAUGUUCACAAUGAACCACUUUUUUAAUAUAAUAUAGAUUCCUGUCAGCCAAGUGAACCUCUACUACUUAUAAUUAGUAGCUUUACAGUUAUGAAUUCAUUCUUCUGCAAUGUUGCCAUUCCUUCAAAUAGUAAAUAUCAUAAAGCUUGAAGAAAUUUUAGAUCCAAAAAGGGAAAAGAAAUUAUUCUUAAGAGCACUUAAUAUAUGGAAAUGCCAAUCAGCUUUUUAAUGUUUUUUUUUUAAUGAGAAAAGUAAAUAAAAAGAAAAACAAAAAAUGUUAAAACAAAUUUUAAGAACCACACCUUACCAUGCCUACUGGUUGUUAAAACGAAACUGUUUGAUUCAGAACAGAAGCUCUUUCCAGUGAAAUAGAUAGAAGGAUGGAUGGGUCUGCUUACCCUGUGAUUCCACCUCCUCCUCUCCUACCUGUUCCUGCCCAUUCCAUUUCAGACCGCCUCUGCAUGUCAAGGAAAAAACUCCUGUGGUCCAUUGGGACCACAGGAGUUUUGGGUGAGCACAUUUUAAGGUAUUCCUCGAAAUAACAUUGAUGGACCAUAUUUUAGUUUAAUGAAUAAAUGAAAAAUGUUCAUCACUAAUGGUGAAUUAGUGCUGUGGUGAAUAAAGACUGGACUUCUUGCAUAGUGUUUUCAGGUUCCUCUCAAGUUUUCAAGCAAUUCACACAUAAAUGAAUGCCAGGUUUUCUCAUUUGAUUUUGCAUAGUGUGACCUGCUGGUGUUUUGUACUUUCUUGUUUCGUUUUCAUUAAUUACUUGAAAUGGAGUUGAAUUCACUAUCAUCUCAUACGGGUGUUAUUGCUUUUUAUUUAUGAGCAGAAGAAGUUAUGAUAUUUUAGUACUUGGAAAAAGACAUCUAACUUAGGAUUACUGCUGUCAAAUUCUGUUGUACUCUUAUGGCAAAUGCUAAUAUAUUCCUUCCUAUAUUUCCGUUAAGCUCUACAAAAUAAUGAAAAGAUAAAUUCAUUAAAGUUGUUUUUGUGACAUAUGGUGGUAGAACGUACAUCUCAUGUUGGUCUGUUGUAUUUUUCUCUAGAUUUUGUCACCUGUCUAUACUUUUAUGUCUAUUCUCUUUUGCGUUGAUUGCUCUCACUGUCUCUUAACUUUAAGCAGCUUUGA